CAGAUCACAGACAAAAUGGCAGGAACUGAGCACGCUAACGUUGAGGAUACACUCAAAAGGAUCGAAGCCCAUAAAGGUGUGAUUGGAACUAUAGUUGUCAAUACAGAAGGUAUUCCCAUCAGAACAACAUUAGAUAACUCCACAACUGUUCAGUAUGCAGGACUUCUUCGCCACCUCGCGAUGAUGGCCAGGAGCACAGUGAGGGACAUCGACCCUCAGAAUGACCUCACCUUCCUCCGCAUCCGCUCCAAGAAACAUGAGAUCUUGGUUGCACCAGAGAACGACUUCCUGCUGAUAGUCAUACAGAACCCAUCUGAAUAGCUUCUGGACAUUCCCAUGAUAGUCAGCCUUUGGUUUAUCACAUGAUGCCGAUUUAUCCAGGCAAAAAUAUAUUUUCCCACUGUGUUAUGUUGCUCCAUGUACUGCAUGAUCGUUCCUUUUGUACUUUAAGUUGCCUUAAUGUACAGGUUGCACUUUUUGUUUACCUCAUCUAUUUCUUUCAUUUCAUUUCUGUGUUA